CAUUUUAACAAGAGGCUAUGUUAUUAAGGCAGUGGUCCAAAACUCGUUGAAUUGUUUUACCUGUAAUUUCCAGCUGUGAUGUUGAAGCAACACGUCUACCCAGGAAGCAAAGCAACCUAUUUUAAAAACGUAGAAGAAGACGGCACAGGAAGUGUCGUCAGGUGAAUAAUGACUUCUCCAGAGGACAAACAUGGGACAAAACGACCCGCAUCUCCCUCGGAAGACGGGUCCACCCAGUGGGCGUCUGCAGAUCUGGGAAGCGACGAAAGGAAGCAAAAGUUCCUACGGUUAAUGGGCGCCUCUAAGAAAGCACACACCGGUCGCCUCGUCAUCGGUGACCACAAGUCCACAUCCCACUUCCGUAGCGGGCAGGAAGAUAAGCGGAUGAAUGACGAGCUGGAGAUGCAGUACCAGCAGAGCAUGGACGGAAAACUGUCGGGUCGGGACCGGAGGCACUGUGGUCUGGGUUUCAGCGAGCCACAGCCAGAGCCGGUCAUCUCCCCACCUGCAGACUCUCAGACAGAAGCUGCUAAACCAGAGGAGUCGUCCAGUGAAAACCAAAACACAGAAGCUCAGGAGGAAGAUUCCAGCCCAGAGGAGAAAUCACCAGAUCAGGAGGAUCCCGGCUCAGACGACCAGUCCAAGGAACGGAAACAAAACUACAAAAUGGUCUUCGUAAAAUCAUUGUAGGAGGGGAGAGGAGCUAGCUUUUUUAUUCUCACAUCGGGACAGUUUGAUGCUUUUCGUUUCACUUUAGGACAUUGCUCAAUUCUCAUUUGUACC